GAGUGUUACGACAAUACCAUACCUAUCACCUUUAUUGUUGCAACGAACAAAAGUACAGAGUGAAUGUCAAUAUGUGUAGUGAUUAAUACACUAAGUAAAACUAACACGCACGUCGUCACAAUUUCUUUGAAAAAUUAGAGUAAACUGUAUACAGGUAGCUGUUGUUUUUUAAUUCUACUUCCCUGUUGAAAUGGCUAGGGUAAAAUUAUACGAAACUGCUCUGACUUCACCGAAAUUACUUUAUAAAUAUUUACUGCGAGAAUGUGAAAAAUUGCCAAAGGAUGCACAACAGUUUUACAAACAUUCAGUUAAACAGAGUUUCAAGCAACACUUAAUCGAACCAGACAAAGAACGUGUACAGCAGAUAAUGGAAAAAGCAGUACGAGAUGCGAAAUGGGUGGUUAAUAAGGUACCUUUACAUGUUAUGUCAUUAUAAGUCAGUCUUCUAUACAUAUGUAUGUGACAGUUGAUUUUUCAAUAUGACGUAAUAAUAUAUAUUUUUUUAAAUAUAACUUUUAGUAUUCUAAAGUAGGAGCAACAGAACAUUGUAAGGAGGAAUA